ACUGGUUCACAUGAGCUCCCCUCCCCCUGCAUGUGCACGCAUGUGUGUGCGUGUGCGUGUGCGUUUAAGAAUGUGCCUUACCAAAGUGUUUUAAGGGCACCGGGUCCAAACACUUUUGAGAUUACACGCUUGCCUUGAUAUCCUGUGUCUAGUUGGGGCUUCUACGACCAGCCCUCCCUCAACCAGGUUGCACGUUAUUCCUCCUUUAAACCGCUCAGCCUGAGCUUCUGACUUCGUUGUUGCGGACAGACUUUUUGAGUGCAACAGGGGGGCCGCACGAUGAAUGGGACUUUGGAAGAGCCGUGCAAGGAUGGCGACGGGUCCUUCAUGUUUACGUCCGAGUCGGUGGGAGAGGGGCACCCCGAUAAGAUAUGUGACCAGAUCAGUGACGCAGUGUUGGACGCUCAUCUGAAGCAGGACCCAGAUGCCAAGGUGGCCUGCGAGACGGUGUGCAAGACUGGCAUGGUGCUGCUCUGUGGAGAGAUCACAUCCCGCGCCAGCGUAGACUACCAGAAGGUGGUGCGAGAUACCAUCCAACACAUCGGAUACGACAACUCGGACAAAGGCUUCGACUACAAGACGUGUAACGUUCUGGUGGCGUUGGAGCAACAGUCCCCGGACAUCGCUCAGGGCGUGCAUAUGGACCGCCUGGAGGAUGACAUUGGAGCAGGGGACCAGGGUCUGAUGUUCGGCUACGCCACGGACGAGACGGAGGAGUGCAUGCCGCUCACCAUCGUCCUGGCCCACCGUCUCAACGCCAAGAUGGCCGAGCUGAGGCGGAGCGGCGAGGUGCCCUGGCUGCGCCCGGACUCCAAGACACAGGUGACGGUGCACUACGACCAGGACAACGGCGCGGUGAUCCCCCGGCGGGUGCACACGGUGGUGGUGUCGGUGCAGCACGACGACUUCAUCGAGCUGGAGGAGCAGAAGGCGGUGCUGAAGGAGAAGGUCAUCAAGGCCGUGGUCCCCGCCCAGUACCUGGACGAGGACACCAUCUACCACCUGCAGCCCAGUGGGCGCUUCGUCAUCGGCGGCCCGCAGGGGGACGCCGGUGUGACCGGGAGGAAGAUCAUCGUGGACACGUACGGCGGCUGGGGGGCCCACGGGGGCGGGGCCUUCUCGGGGAAGGACUACACCAAGGUGGACCGCUCGGCAGCCUACGCAGCCCGCUGGGUGGCCAUGUCCCUGGUGAAGGCCAAGCUCUGCCGCAGGGUGCUGGUGCAGGUAGCGUACGCCAUCGGAGUGGCCCAUCCUUUGUCCGUAUCGCUGUUCACCUACGGCUCCUCCCAGAGGAACGAGAAGCAACUGCUACAGAUCGUCAAUCAAAACUUUGACCUCCGACCUGGCAUCAUCGUGAGAGACCUGGACCUGAAGAGACCUAUCUACCAGAGAACCGCCUGCUACGGCCACUUCGGCCGGAAGGGCUUCCCCUGGGAGGUUCCCAAGGAGCUCAACUACUGAGCACUGUGUUUGUGCGUGUCUGCGUGUGUGUGUGUGUCUGUGUGUAUGUGUGUAUGUCUGUGAGAGUAUGCAUUCACGUGCACUUAUGCAUUCAAGUGUGCCUGUGUGUGCGAUGGAGUGUCAGGCUGGCUAACCAGGCCAAGCCGCCCACGUGGAACCUGUUAAUCAUGCAGCUUUCCCCUGAAAGGUGUUUGCGUUUUCGAUCCCGGAGUAAAGCGUACUCAUUGGACAGAAGGAGUGGAGUUGGAGGGUUCUCAAUGACUCAUUGGUCGAGAUUCUUACUGAAUGGUUAUCAGAGCUGCCAGUCUAGUAAAUUAGUUAUUGUUCUUUGCCAUUGUAUAAUGUCUAAAAAACAUUUUCUCAUUUAGGUAUCAACUUUAUGUGCGACUAAUCUGUGGCAAGAGCCUUGCAGUAUUAAGCCAAUGACCAAAUGUUACGCUAGAAGAGCCAUAUGUUGAAGAGUAAGCAUCAUAAGGUCUUAAUAUAUAAAACAAUACUAUGUACAAUACAAGAUUUAAGAUGAUUCAUUUUGACAUUGUUUCAAAUAAUAUUUUUUGGUUGAAAAAUUUAUUUUAACUUUGCUCUAAGGGUAUUGGAUUUAAAAGCUAUAGUGUUUAUACAUCCCUAAGUAUUAAAAAUCUUCCAUAAUCUAACAUGCUGAUACAUAUGCUUUGAAUACAAAUGUUUUCCUCAUCCUUAAGAGCUUUGCAUUUUCUUAAUAGGAACCACCUCCACAGUCUAAUGCUACUUAUACCCAAAUUGCUUAAAGUCUGUUUGUGGUGAAAAUGUAUUUGGCAAGAAGUGUUAACAACCUCAUUGAUUUCCAAAGAAAGCCUGUAAAGAGAAGACUAUGUGAGAAUGUUUAUGAGGAAACAACACUUCCUAGUUUCAGGGUGCUCUUGCUUCCAGCUACGAUAAGCACAUUUAUGAACUCAGUCAUCUUUCUCUCAUUCUCGCGCUCUCUCUCCAUCUCUUUCAUGGCUCAGAAUGCUGAACACAUUAUAUAACUCUCAUCCCAAUGUAUUAACUGACCUGAGAAAUCGUGUACAUAGGCUUUUUGAACAAUAAAACGAAAAACAAUAAAAACAAUAAAAAGAAAA